AUGGGCGAAGAUGCCAAGUUAAACAAAGAGGGAAGUACAGCCAUGUUCCCAAGGAGCGCAGAGGAGCCAAAAAAUUCGCAUUGGACUCGCGGUGUUUACUAUCGUGCUCUAGCAAUCGUCGGGGUGCUUAUAAUCAACUUGAUUUUUAUUGGCGUCGCAGCUAGAUUCUCAACGCGACACACAGACAAUGGAAGCUUCUCAUCCACUGCGUUGGUCUAUCGAGGGAGUUGUACUUUAGUCAACCGAUGGGAAACUGCACUGAGUUUGAUGAUCAACAUCUUGAGUGAAGUCGCUUUGGGGGCGAGUAACUUUGCUAUGCAAACCCUGGUUGCCCCGACUCGAGACGAGGUAGAUCAGUCUCAUGCACAGCACAAAUGGCUUGACAUCGGGUCUACCAGUUUGAGGAACCUCUUUGCAAUCCCCAAAACCCGCCUUGCACUAUGGUUUGUGCUCAUUAUUACUGCCACUCCAUUUCAUUUGAUAUACAAUUCCAUAGUAUUCAAAUCUAUUCCUGCGAAUUUUUACGACGUUAUUCUAGGGCCAUCAGAUCUAAACCCCCCCGAUAUUGGAAGUCUGAGCACGCCCAACCUGCAAAACUGCCUUGGCAGAUAUCCAUAUGAUUAUCCUUGGUCAGCCGAAUACAGGUGGGAUGACUUUGUCUCCGAUUUGGAAUCAGAUAAUUACAAAACUCUCAAUAACGAUGAAUGCACUGAGUACACCAACAAGAACACUCAGGCGGGGUCAAUGAGGGGGGGGAAUAAAUCUGUGUUUAUUGGUUCGACUGUGGGUGGUGGCCCAUGGACUGGGCAAUACUACAUCAAAGAUGGUCAAAUCUCAGCAAUAUCGUCCGCACACGUAUCCGUAUCACCAUUCAUAUAUUUCAAUGUCUCGGGGCAUGACGAAACUAUUCUCUAUACCUUAUACGAUUUUGAGGCCUCUACUUGCAUCGAUAAUGUUGACCUCUCAAAGAAAGAGGCAAACUCGACAUGCACCAAGGCUGAAGAUCUCGUCAACUGGUUCAAAGAAGAAUGGCCGAGCAAGAAACGCCUCGACCAAUAUAUGGAUGUGAACGCAACAUCACGCAUCACAAUUGACACCUAUGGCACCUCAUGCAACAAAUAUAGCUAUGAAUCGUCUCACGCUGUAACUGAUGGUUGCAUCGUAGUCGAGACUGAUAAAAUAUGCGAGCUGAUGUAUAGUCCGUACAUAAGCGUUGCUAUCUCGUUGACUUUGCUUGUCAAAGUGGUAGCCAUAUCAAUUGCAGCUCUACUCGGUCGCUCUCGGCAGAUGCCUUUAUUAACUGUCGGUGAUGCGAUAUCGUCAUUCAUGGCAGAUCCGGAUAGUACAACAGAGGGAAUGUGCUGGGCUUCACAUCAAGACUUCUCCCGCGAGGUCUGGAAGUCACGCCAAGUCGCCUGGGUAUCUCGAUCAUCUACGGAGAGUCACCGCCAAGGCGAGUCACGCAUAUGGAAGCGCCUUCAAAGCCCCAAGCGCUGGAUGCAUGCCUCAAGGACCAGUCGAUGGCUUAUGGCUCUAGUAACGUUUGCGAUCAUUUUUAUAGCGGGUGCAGUUCUCUUGGGAGAAGGCGUUAAAGGGGAGGAAGCUGUUCUUGUUGGGGACGGAAUAUCGAAAGCAGCGUCAUCCGCCAUACGAAGACUAUUGAAGAAUGGCUUUGACUCUGAAAAUUACACCCUAGUGACCUUUGGGGCUGGUGGUAACGGACCCGAAUGGGGAAUGUUGUCCUACACCGUGCUCGCUAAUACGCCCCAGCUGGCUAUUACGCUCACAUAUUUAUGGUACAACCAUAUUCUGACCAAUAUGCUGGCCAUGGCCGAGUGGACCUCCUAUGGGGUAAAUCGCAAGUCGCUUCGUGUCAGUUCUCCCGCUAAAAACAGCGGACAGCGGCCAACCCACUACCUCAGUCUUCCCUUGAGGUACUCACUGCCCCUAUUGGCAUUCUCAGCAUUGCUUCACUGGUUCAUAUCACAGAGUUUCUUCUAUGUGUAUGCAAUUCCAUGGGCAGACACACACCGCGUUGAAGAAUUUGUAUUGAGCGAGCUAGGUUAUUUGUGGUUACCAAUGCUCUUGGCCGUUUUUCUGGGGGCAGGGAUGCUUCUUGUUUUAGUUUCACUGUCUUUCCGAAAAUAUAAGUCUUUCAUGCCAGUGGUAGGUUCAUGCAGUGCUGCAAUUAGCGCUGCUUGUCACCCACCACAGGAUGAAAAUACGGAAAAUGCUGCGCGCGGUCUACUCAUGUGGGGAGAGACAGCUGGCCUUCUAGAUUGUGAAUAUUCUGCAGAUCAAUUUGAGGAAGGGAAGGGCCAUUGCAGUUUCACCUCCUUGGCUACGAUUCCGCCUAAUUUGGAAAAGUUGUACGCUUAG